GGGUGGUAAAAGGCGUGGAAACGUUAAACAGGGUCAUAGCUUCAUUCACUCAUUCAUUUUUCAAAUACGAAAUGAACGCGUUCCAGGUUCUUUGCUAAAUGUUGAGGAAUAACUGAUGAAAAAGCCAGACAAAAACCUUGUCCUCAUGGGAUUGGCUGUAGUGGUGCAGACUGGCAAGCAGAUAAAUGACACGUACAUUAAUUUGAAGUAGUGACAAAUGCCAGAAAGAAAGGGUGGGUGAAGCAAUGGAGGAUUCUAGGAACUGAUAGAGAAGGCAAGAAGGGGACAUUUAAGCUGAGACUUAAAAGAAUGACGAGAUACCGUUUUACACGAAUUUGAGGGCAGAACCUUCUAAGCUAGGAAAACAAAAUGAAUAAAGGCCCUGCCAGGAAGAGAUUGAUGUUCCAUGAGUUGAAAUGACAACCCUGGUGGGAGGGAGGGGAAGCUAGAGAGGUGAGACUUGUGAGGGGCAGUGGCCUGAGGUUUCCCUCUGGUGUCUCAUGGAGCAGCGGUCCCCAACCUUUUUGGCACCAGGGACCGAUUUUUCCAUGGACGGAGGCGGGGCGGGGGGGGGGGCACUCAGGUGAGUUUCACACACUCCCCACCUGCUGUUUUUGCUCAUUGCUGGAUCCUAAAGGCACCGACCAGUACCAGUCGCCGCUGCGGGGUUGGUGAACCCUGUCAUGGAGAGUGGAGAAUGGGAGGUAAUAAGGAUGGUCCAGCCUUCAUGCUCACGCCCCUGCCUGGGCUCCAAAUGCAGUGCUCUCUGACCUGCAACUCCUGGAGCACUCCAGUUUUUCUGUUCUCAACUAAUAAAGCGCCAGGCCAGCCGUGAAGGUUAAUAUAAGUGAACAGGGCACUGACCAGACCAAAGUUGGACUGUAAUCUAGAGGGGAAAGUGGGAAAAUGCCCAGAGGGCCUAUUUCCUGCAGCCUCUCAUAUACUCUUAUGUUCCUGUGGUCAUGCCCAUUACAGGUUCCUAGUGAUGAUAAUUCUCUGGGGCUAACCACUCUUUAUCGAGCACUUACUGAAUGUUGAGUUAAUAUUGUGAUAAGUGGUCCACUUGUGUUCUCUCCUUUAUUUAAUCUUUAUAAUAACCCUAUGAGGUAGUGAGUCAGGAUUCAGCUCAACUCCAAAUAACAGAGAUCCAAAAUAACAGGGUCUUAAAACAAGACUCAAGUGUAUUUUUCAAGAUAAUGUGUGGAGGUGGGCCAGAGGUAGGCAGCCUGUGGCAGGGCCAGUGUGGGAGCCCUAAUCUACACAGCCAACAGAAACCCGGGCUCCUAGCCUGCUUCCUGCCGCAGCAUCAUUAAAAGUGCCACUUCAGGAUCGCAAACCAAGGAUUUAUACGUGCUGAUUUUAAAUUUAAGAUUUUUUUAUGUAUAUUUUAUUUUUUAUUUCAGAGAUAAGGUAAGGAAGGGAGAAAGAGAGGGCAAAAAACAUCGAUUGGUUGCCUUCCACUCACACCUCAGGGUACUGAACCUGACUGGGCAGGUGCCCUGACCAGGAAUCGAACUGGUGACCUUUCGAUUCGCAGGACGAUGCCCAACUGACUAAGCCACACCAGCCAGGGUUUAAACUAAAAGUUCUAAAAAUUUAUCAAUUUCAGAGAGAAGAAGGGAGAAAGAGACACACAUUGAUUUGUUGUUCCACCUAUUUAUGCAUUCAUUGGUUGAUUCUUUUUUAAAAAGAUUUUUUAUUUCUUUAUUUGUAGAGAGAGAGGAAGAGAGAGAGAGGGAGAGAAACAUCGAUGUGUGGUUGUCUCUUGCACACCCCUGACUGGAGAACGGGCCCACAGCCCAGACAUGUGCCCUGACUGGGAAUCAAACCAGUGACCCUUUGAGUGCAGGCUGGCACUCAGUCCACUGAGCCACACCAGCCAGGGCUCAUUGGUUGAUUCUUGUAUGUGCCCUGACCAAAAAUCAAACUCAUAACUUUGAUAUAUCAGGACAAUGUUCUAACUAACAACCACCUGGCCAGAGCCUUAAGUUUUUUAAUCAAAUGGGAGUACUAUGUACAACUUUAUAUUAAUAAGUUUCAAAUUGUAGAUGAAAGGGAUGAUUUCCUGGAAAAAAUAACCAUCAACAUUUAGUCAAACAAACAAAAAAAAACAUUUAGUCAAGGAGAUAGAAAUUCUGAAUAUUCAAUAUCCCAAAGGAGCAUUAUAAAAAUAUCUAUUUUUUUAUUUCUGUUUUUUUAAAUCCUCACUCGAAGAUAUGUUUACUGAUUUUAAAGAGGGAAGAAAGGAACAAGAGAGAGAAAAAAUUCAAUGUGAGAGAGAAACAUUAAUCGGUUGCCUUCCAUACACACCCCAACUGGGGAUUGAACCUGCAGCCUAGGUAUGUGCCUUGACUGGGGAUUGAACCUGCAGACUUUUGGUGCACAGGGUGACUCUCCAACCAACUGAGUCACCUGGCUAGGGCUCUAUUUCUAUUUUUUAAAAAUAUUUUAUUUGCUCUGUCUGGUGUAGCUCAGUGGAUUGAGCGCCGGCCUGCGAACCACACGAUUGCAGUUCCAUUCCCAGUCAGGGCACAUGCCUGGGUUGCAGGCCAGUUACCAGCAGGGGACGCAUGAGAGGCAACCACACAUUGAUAUUUCUCUCCUACCCUUUCUCCUUCCCUUCCUUUCUCAAUAUAAAUAAAUAAAAUGUUAAAAAGAAAAAGCUGUAGUAUAAAAAAAAAGAUUUUAUUUAUUUAUUUUAGAGAGAGGGGAAGGGGGGAAGAAAGUGAGGAAAAGAAACAUCAAUGUGUGGUUGCCUUUUGCGUACCUCCUACUAGUGACCUGGCCCGCUACCCAGGCACAUGCUCUGACUGGGAAUUGAACCAGUGACCCCUUGCUUCACAUGCUGGCACUCAAUCCACUGAGCCACACUAGCCAGGGCUCUAUUUCCAUUUUUAAUGAAAGAACUCUUAGUAGGCAGUAGUGCUAGACAGGGUAUACAUUCUGGUUGUAAUAGAGAUCCAAAAUAACAGUGGCUUAAACAUGAUAUCUCUUUCUAACAUCACCUGCCUGGGUUUACAUCCAGGGCUAGUUGGGUGGCUGCAUAGUCAUCAGGAGUCCAGGCACCUUCUGUCUCAUUGCUUUGACACCCUGGGUGUUACUCUCAUCUGCAUGAUCCGUGGCACUACAUCUAAAUUCCUGCAAGCAGUUGGGGAAAAGAGACUAGCAAGACAUGACCCAUCCCUUUCCAGUGAGAUUCAUGCAUCACGUCUGCUCACAUCUCAUUGGCUUCAAUUUAAUUACAUGGCCAUACUUAGCUGCAGGAGAGGCUGGGAAAAUAUACUCUUUGUUCUGAAUGGACAUGUGCCCAUCAAAAAAUUAAAAUAUAUAUAUAUAUUUUUUUUAGAGAGAGGAGAAGGGAAGGAGAAAGAGAGGGAGAGAAAGUCAAUGUGUGGUUGCCUCUCACAUGGCCCCCACUGGGGGCUGGGCAGACAACCCAGCAUAUGCCCUGACUGGGAAUUGAACCGUGACCCUUUGGUUCGCAGCCUGUGCUCAAUCCACUGGGCUACACCAGCCAGGACCCAUAAAAAAAUUCUUACUAUAGAAGGGGCAAACUGAUACUGGGGAAGAACUAGUUGUCUUUUUGCUACAAAUGAGAAUAGGUGCUUCUUAAUAUGAUUAUGGCUAUAUAUCAGAGGCAAAUAAUAAACAAUCAUAAAUCAUUAAAAGUAUUUUCAUUAACCAAGGCAAUGAUGUCUGCUGUUCUAACAUUAUUUAGGGAGUUCUGGACAAUACUAUAAGACUAAGGCCAUAAUGAAUAUAAUAAAUUCUGGAAGUGAAAAUACAUUUAUGGCAGAAAUUUUAUUUUUUAAAUUAUAGGCUAUAUUUUCUAGCUAGAAAAAUAAAACUAUCAGAGGAAAAUAAACUGCAAUUAGGUUGUCAAUUUCAAUGUUGUUUACAAUUAUCAUCUACCAAUAAUGCCCAGUAGAAUAUAUGGUAUGUGUGUGAGUUACUAAUUUGUCUCUCAGUCCCCCAAACUCUCUUUUUGUCCUGCUUUGUGAUACUGAAGGCGGCCAGGUCCUCUAGACAUUUCUCCUUUGCUAGCCAAUUUGAUGUUAGUGUUUGCCAACAGAGGGAUUUGGAAGAACACUGUAAGGCCCACAUGUGUAAAAGGGGACUUUAAGUUCCUUCUUCCCAUGUGGUUUUCCAGUGAGGCAGUUAAAGGGAGGGGGAGCCCAGUAGCAUCCACUUCGUAGAUUGUUCUUGGCUCAUACCCUCCAGCAAGUUUCUUGAGCAAAUGCAUCAAGGGGUAUGUAGAAAUAUAGAAAAGUGGAAACUAAAUAUCUAAGAGUAAGGGGCUUUAAAUAAAAUAUGGAACUCCCAUGCUAUGGGAUACUAUGCAGCUUGUGAAACAGAUUAAUUCUUUUAUUUAUAAAUGUUGAUAUGGAAAAAUAUCCCUGAUAGACUGAGUCAACAAAACUUUACUAUGUGGAGGAGGGUGUAAAGGAGAUAAAUGGUGAUGAUGGAAGGAGACUUGAUUUUGUUAACCAGUGUCACCCCAAAGAUUCAAUAAAAAGGAAAAAAACCUUUACUUAUAUAGAAUGAUUCCAGAUUUAUGUUAGAAAUAUUCAUGUCCUGGCUGGUGUGGCUUAGUGGGUUGGGGGUCCUCCUACAAACCCAGGGGUUACCAGUUGGAUUCCUGAUAUGGGCACAUGCCUGGGUUGUGGGCCAAGCCCCCAGUUGGGGGUGCUGGAGGCAGCUGGUCAUUUCUCUCCCUCUUUCUCCCUUUCUUCCUCUCUAAAAAUAAACAAAAUCUAUUCUUUAAAGAGGAAAUAUUCAUAGAUGCAGAACAGACUAAAAUAUUGAGUGCUUAUUUCUGAAUGGCCUUAUUAGAAGUAUUUUAAAACUUCAGUUAUUCAACAGAUAUUGUGCCAGAAACAAUUCUAGGUGUUGGGAAUAGGGCAAUGAAAACAGUGUGACUUCAUGGAGCUUAGUUGAGUAGUAAGAGAUGAAUAUUACAAAAAUGUCAGGUACUGAUAAAAGAAAGAAAAAUAAGGGCAGAGCGAUGGCGGGUAUGUAUGUGCUGUUUAGUUAGGGAAAGACACUUUGAGGGAGUGACGUUUGAGCAGAGUGGGGAACCUAGCCUUGUGAAUAUUGAUACCUUUAUAAUUUUCCAUAUUUUAUUAAUUUCCACACUAAGUAUGCAGUGCUUGCAUAAUCAACAUAAAGCUUUUUCUAUUUCAGAAAAGUAUCUGGAGCCUCAGAUCUCCAGGUAGAGUAAGUAGAAAGAGUGGCAGCAGGUCCCAAAUAUGUGGGCAGUUGAACCCAGAACUUCCGGACACAGCUCGCCGGCUCUAGAUUCAGUCCGGCCCGGGGACUCCCUCCGCUCCAGAGUUGCUGGUGGGAGAGCGCGGGACUCCCUGGUGUCAAGAGUACCCGCCUGUAGAAAACUCUGCUGAGCAACCCCGGCUCACGCUCGGGGACGGAGAGUAACCACAGGAGGCUCCGUGCUCCUCACCAGGCUGCAUUUUCCCCUGCUCAACGAGUCAGAGCAGCAGAAAAACCUGAAGGGUAAACCAAGAACGAUUACAGCAGGAAUCUAGAAGCAGAUCACAUCCCACGGGCAGAGGUGUUGUCGCGCUUGGUACCAAUGCCUUCUGAUUGGUCAACCUUGUAAAUUCUUCCAAGUUCAUUGGCCAUCUAUCAAGGUUUAACAUUAGCUCAAUGGGAGAACGGCUUCUUGGGGGAUGUAGUUCCGAGUGCUUAGAGUGGCGCAUGCGCUAUGACUUUUCCCGGAGAGCUCCGCGCUAACUUCCGGUACCGAAUCUGACGGCGGAACUGGGAACGCCUGGGCGGCUGUGGGAGGAGUCCAGAUGCUGGCCCAGCUGCCACAGGAAAUCCCUCUGGGACACUGAAGGGCAGGCUCCUGGGUUGAGGCCCAGCAACCCUGAGCCUUAGGCCAGGGGAAUGGCAGCCCCCAUGGAGCCUCAGGACCAGGCCCCAGGGGAGGGAGAAGGGCUUCUCAUUGUGAAGGUGGAAGAUUCCUCCUGGGAUCAGGACUCUGCCCAGCAAGAGGAUGGCAGGGAUUCUGAGGCCUGCCGCCAGCGCUUCCGGCAAUUCUGCUACAGGGAUGUGGGUGGGCCCCAUGAGGCCUUCAGCCAGCUGUGGGAGCUCUGCUGCCGCUGGCUGCGACCUGAGCUUCGCACCAAGGAGCAAAUCUUGGAGCUGCUUGUGCUGGAGCAGUUCCUGAGUGUGCUGCCUGGGAGUGUCCAGGACUGGGUGCGGGAGCGGUGCCCAGGGAGUGGUGAGGAAGCUGUUGCCUUGGUGGAGGACCUGCAGAAGCAGCCAGUGAAAGCAUGGCCACAGGAUGUGCCCACAGAGGAGAUAGAACCUGAGGCUGCAGUCCAGGGGUCCCAGGCCAAGGCACCUCCCCCAAAGGUGGGAGCACAGAAGCAGCCACCUGUACCUUGGGAGCAGCACAGCCAUGGUGUCCAGCUUCCUGCUCUUAAAGAGGGGAGUACCAAACAGAAAACAAAUGCCUGCCUUGCCUCUGAGAUCCAUGGACCUGUGACAUUUGGAGAUAUUCCCUUCUAUUUCUCCCAGGAAGAAUGGGGGUCCCUGGACCCUGCUCAGCGGGAUCUUUUCUGGGACAUAAAGCGGGAAAACUCCCGGAACGUUGCCCUGGGUUUGGGGCUCAAGAGCCAAAGGGGGCCAUCCCGGCUGGAGGCGGCGGUGAGGGUGCUCCCAGGCCAGGCUGACAACGAUGUGACUGUGGCCUGGGGCGCUGAGGAGGCCGAGUCCUGGGAGAGAGAGGCCCGGCCAGGGGUGCCCUUGGAGCCGGUGGCGGGGUCCAGGCGGGGGCGGCCGCCCACACGCAGGCGCCAGUUUCGGGACCUGGCAGCGGAGAAGCCACACAGCUGUGGCCAGUGCGGCAAGCGCUUCCGCUGGGGCUCAGACCUGGCGCGCCACCAACGUACGCACACCGGCGAGAAGCCGCACAAGUGCCAGGAGUGCGAAAAGAGCUUCCGCAGCUCCUCGGACCUGGUGCGCCACCAGGGCGUGCACACCGGACAGAAGCCCUUUUCCUGCUCCUCGUGCGGCAAGAGCUUCAGCCGCAGUGCCUACCUGGCGGACCACCAGCGCAUCCACACGGGCGAGAAGCCCUUUGGCUGCAGUGACUGCGGCAAGAGCUUCUCGCUGCGCUCCUACCUGCUGGACCACCGGCGCGUGCACACGGGCGAGCGGCCCUUCGGCUGCGGCGAGUGUGACAAGAGCUUCAAGCAGCGCGCCCACCUCAUUGCCCACCAGAGCCUGCAUGCCAAAAUGGCCCAACCCGUGGGGCCAUGACCACUCUGCCCUGUCCUGGCGACACGGAAGUUGCCGGCACUGAUCUCCACCCAUUUCCCCCUUGAGAGGUGGCUCUAGAGACUGGAGGCUUCCUGUGCAGAAUGAACAGGCCAGUGGAAACCCUCUGCUCCCACGCUCACCUCCAGAGACACGGAGGUAUGGCACUUCACACUAGCACUCCGUCAGUGCUGUGUCACUGACCCCUCAGGCACUGCAUUCCACGUCUGCAUUGUGGGCAGAUCACAGGGACAAGCACGGGUUCUCCAGAGGAGCUGGCCCAGCCUUCCUCAAAAGGGUAGCAAAAAGAUUCGGAUAAAUGUGGAACACUGCCCUGGCUGGUGUGGCUCAGUUGGCUGGGCAUACAGUAAUAUCUUUCUCUCUCCCUUCUCUUCUCAAAAAUAAACAAUUUUAAAGCUUC